AUGGGAGUCAAGUCUCUCUUGGCUUUGGCCUCCUUCAUCUUCUGUGGAGAAGUCCUAGGUCAGACGUCUCCAGAUGACCCUGAAGCAAUUCUUGGGCCCAUUUCUCCAAUCUCCAUCGAAAGCGGCCGAUACAUCGUCAAGUUCUCAUCCUCCGGCUCAGCUAAAUUCAGAAAGCGUGACGGAGAUCUUGACACUGCCGGCUUCUUUACCACCCUCCAGAAUGCCGGCAAAGAUGCUUCCCCAGCAGUGAGCUUCAACUCGCAGCUGUUUCACGGAGCUUCCUUUGACUUGGGGAAUGAUACCUCUGAAACUGUAGCCGAUAUUCAAGCUCUGCCGGAAGUUGAGAAGAUAUGGUCUGCUGCACUUUUCUCACUUCCCAUCACGACUGAAGCGGUUGUACAGACAGAGUUCCCCACUUGGAGCCCUCACAAUGACACCAACGUCGCUCUUGCACAUGCCAACGGCCAUUUUGGCGAAGGGGUGACCGUCGCUAUUGUUGACUCCGGCAUCGAUUACAAUCAUCCCGCUCUCGGUGGCGGCUUCGGCUCUGGGUUCAAGGUUGAGAGUGGCUACGAUUUUGUUGGCGACAACUACGAACCUGGAGACAUCUACCUCCCAGACGAGGACCCGAUUGACUGCAAUGGCCAUGGCACACACGUUGCUGGCAUCAUCGCUAGCAGUAACGAGUUUGUGCCUGGUGUUGCACCCUCGGCUCGUCUUCGUGCCUACAAAGUAUUUGGGUGCGGAGGUAGCACCUACGAGGAUGUAAUUGUUGCGGGCUUCCUCCGAGCUCACGAGGAGGGCGCAGACAUAGUCAGCGCCUCGCUUGGUUCUAACAGAGGAUUUGUUGACACCCCUCUUGCGGUGGUGGCAACCGCCAUUCAAGCUGCCGGCACUUUUGUCUCUAUCGCCGCCGGAAACGCUGGUGAAAGUAAUGGCCCUUGGUAUACUAGCAGCGGCGGCAAUGGCAUUGGUAGCACUGGCGUCGGGAGUGUAGAGCAUGAUGAGCUCGUUGCAUGGACGGCAACCGCGCGUUCCAGUAGUGGCGAAACUCGUGAUUUUAUCUACCUUGCAGACAACGGGGUCCAGUGGUCUCUUAACGGAACGGCCCCAGCUUCAUGGGCCCCCAAUCCUCGGGACCACGCUGAUCAGUGUGGUAUCGACUUCACUAUUCCUGACACCAAUGUUUUGGUCCUGCCCCGGGCGGACUGUGGAUGGCAAAGAACCGAUAGUGGCUUAAUGGAAAAGGUGGACUGGGUUCUGAUUUACAACUAUAACGGCUCCGAUUGGGAGAUCCCUGGCCGUGUUCGAUACGAUGCUGAGCGGCAAGCCAAAGGGUACAGCUUGAUCAACUACGAGGACGGAGACUGGCUCGUCAGCCAACAUGAAAGGAACUACACCGUGACCUUUGAGUUUGUCAACGACAACAAACCUGCUGCGAUUGAUCGUCCUUCCUUCGCAGGAGGUAGGAUCGACCAGUUCACAUCUUGGGGGCCAACCCUAGAUGCGCGCAUGGUUCCCCAAAUUUCCGCACCAGGCUCAGGCAGUUGGGCAACACUUUCAGGUACCAGCAUGGCUACUCCUUACAUAUCCGGCGUUGCUGCCUUGUUCUUCUCAUCGCGAGGUGGACGCGCUGCCCUCGGGGAUGGCGGUGCCAAGUUGGCUCAUGAAGUCAUCGUUUCAAGCGGCAAGCCCAUUCGUCAUUACGACGGCACUGAUAGCCUCGCCUCUGUGAUUCAUCAGGGAGCAGGUUUGGUUGAUGCCUUCAAAGUUGUGGGCUACUCGACCCUCGUGAGCCCAGCGGUGCUCAACCUCAACGACACAGAGCAUUUCCAGGGUACUCAAAGUGUGCAGAUCACCAACUCUGGGGAUGAGUCUGUGACAUACCAGUUCUCACAUGAAGCCGGCAUUACUGCCCUCACUAAGAGUGCCGGAACUGCCUGGGUAUCCGUUUCACCUCCAUACGUCUCCGGGGAUGGGAAUACUGCCACAGUCGAGAUUUCCCCCGCCGAUCUGACCUUGAGUCCCGGUGAAAGUGGAUUUGUCUCUAUCACUUUCACUGAGCCGUCUUCACCUGAUGCUGCCACUCUUCCAGUCUACGGAGGGUCAAUCGUGGUCGCUGGGUCUCAGGGAGAAGCAGUACGAGUGUCGUACAUGGGAAUCAAGGGCUCUCUGUAUUCCAGUGAUAUUUGGGAAAUGGAACGAGGCGUUCCCCUACUACUCAGUGGAUAUGGCGGUCUCAUGGAGGAGGGCCACAACUACACAUUUGAGGAGGGUGGCGAUGUCCCGCAGCCGUACUUCAAUGUUCUUUGGUCAACUCAAGAAAUCAGCUUCGAUUAUGUCGCUCGCGACUGGAACGAGACAGACUGGGCCUACCCAGCAGUCCCUGGGCAGGCCAAAUACUUAGGUUCCUUUAUCACAGUUCCCCAGGGGCUUUCGGACUCUAUCACCUCUUUUCCUCUAAGGAACUACCCGCGGAACGGUGGCGGUGUCUAUGCCCCUCCACAGAAUGUUUUCGCUCAUGGGGGUGAUAUCCCAGCUGGCGAGUACCGCAUUCUCUGCCGCGCACUCCGUACCUUCGGUGAUCCCAGCAACCUCAAUGACUGGCAGUACAAAGUCUCACCCUGGUUCCGCAUCACUAGGGAGAAGCCUCCGGUAACUGCAACCCCCACGACGGCGGAGGCUACCCCAGCCCCAACGACCUCUUCCGUCAGCUUGCCGGAGCCAUGCGCCGCAACUUCGACACCAGUCAGCAUCGAAGCAACCCUUGCUUCGGGCGAAGGUCCUUACAACCUAUACCUCUACGCUGACUUUGCAUCGAUUGACCUGAGCGGAUCUCAAACCCCGUUGAACUUCUCCAUUACCAACGGCACUCAGGUUGAGACCUGGUUCAACUCCUCUUGGAGGUUCCUCUCUGUGCAUACCAACACCAACAGCUUAAUCUACGUGUACGCGUCGAGCCGUGUGACUGGCGCCUUUUCUUUCCUCGGAUGCACAGUAACAGAUGGUGUUUUGGGGUGCGAAUCUAACGGCAAGUCUGCGCUUUACGUUUGCGAUAGCACGACUGGACUUUUGCGUCACGGAACUCAGCCUCUGGAUGGGUGCCAGACUGUCACGCUCAAAGUCGGGCCAAGAGAGAAUCCGAACUGCGCAGCUACAACGACUUCUAUCACUGCUACGGAAAUAACAGUGGCGCCUACUACUUUUUCGACUGCAAUUGUCUCGGUCUCGUCGUCUUAG